AUGAGAGCCACCAGUGCAACUGCUUCUACCAAAUCGGAUGCCAGUAAUAAUAAUCUUGAGCCAGCCGUUCAGAGAAUUCCGCAAGAACGUAAACCCAUCCCCAAAGAGUUGUUGAAUCGUGAGGACUUUUAUUGGGUCAAUUAUGAAGAGCCUCAUCUCCGAAGAAAGUAUGAAAUUUUGCAAAAGUAUCCACAAAUUGAAAAAUUAUUUGGAGUGGACUACAAUACCAAAUAUCAAGUGAUUGCCUUUGUGUUGAUUCACUUGUUCAUUUGUUAUUUAGUGAAGGAUCAACCAUGGUAUAUUUUUGUUCCUACAGCUUGGUUGAUUGGUGGAGCGUUCAUUCAAUCGCUCACGGUUGCUAUUCAUGAAAUUACUCACGGAAUGUGCUUUGACAAACUCGAACACAAUUACUAUUUUGCCAUGUUUGCUAAUCUACCAAUGGGAAUUCCUUCAGCAAUGACAUUUAAGAGAUAUCACAGUGAUCACCAUUGGUAUUUGGGUGUUCCUUUGUAUGAUGUGGAUAUUACCACUCGCUUGGAAGGAAAAUAUGUCAGAUCCAAAUUCCUUAAACUCAUUCACAUGAUUUUCAUUGGACUUGUGUAUGGUGUGAAACCCUUGUUGGUAGCUCCACGUUCACCAAAUACAUGGGAAUUGUUGAAUAUGGCAGUUUCAUUCAGUUUUGAUGGCUUGUUGGUCUAUUUUUGGGGUUAUAGAGCUUUGAUUUUUUGCGUGUUGUCAAGCUUGCUUGGUUUGGGUUUGCAUCCAUUGAGUGGUCACUUUUUAUCCGAACAUUGGUUGACUGAACCAGGUCAAGAAACUUACAGUUAUUAUGGACCUGCAAAUUGGUUCAUGUUCAAUGUGGGUUAUCACAAUGAACAUCAUGAUUUUCCAAGAAUUCCAUGCUCCAAACUUCCAUUGCUGAGAAAAAUUGCACCAGAAUUUUAUGAUACACUAGGAUAUUAUGAAUCUUGGUCUGCAGUCGUUUAUAACUAUAUCAUGACUGAUGGUUACAAUCCUUUCGUGCGUCAAGUCAGAACGAUUGAUGUUCACAAAAAGGCAAGAAAAGAAUGGUUCAACCGUGGUUUUACUGAACAUGCUUGCUCUAACGAGGCUGACCAACAAUAA